UCCAGGAGUCGUCUGCACACCUGAGCAGCAGGGAUGGAUGCUCUCUUCAACGCAGUCGGCGACGCUUCCGGCGCAUCCGUUGACCAGAUCAAGCUCAUAGCAUGUUUGCUGGUCUCAUACCCUCUGGGCAGCGUCUUCAUUCGGAUACCCGCAUCAUCAAGCUUCAAGCAUAUCUUCAACCUCUCCGCCGCUCUGUUCUUCCUGAUUCCAGUCCUGAAUCUUUCAGGCGGAUUCCUGCAGCUGCUCGGGAGCAGCCUCGCGACAUAUUUCAUUGCGAAGACCAACACGUCAGCUAAAAUGCCAUGGAUUGUCUUCGCUGUUGCAAUGGGGCAUCUCACUGUGAAUCAUGUCAUUCGGUCCUUCUUCAGCUGGGGUUACGAGACUAUGGACAUCACUGGUCCUCAGAUGGUGUUGACCAUGAAGCUCACAACAUUUGCAUGGAACGUUGUGGAUGGACGCAGGCCGGCAGAGGACUUGGACAAAUGGCAGCUCGCCAAACGAGUUUCAAAGUUCCCUAGUUUGCUCGAAUUCCUGGGAUACGUUUUCUAUUUCCCCGGUCUUCUGGUCGGACCUUACCUUGACUUUGCCUCGUAUAUGGCCUUGGUCGAUGAGACACUGUAUAAAACUGCUGGAGCGAAGGCUGAAAACGCGAAACGUGCUAUUCCCAAAGGUCGUAAGCGUGUUGCUUACCGCAAGAUGGCCGUUGGUUUGUUAUUCUUGGCCGUAUAUGUCGUGUUCCGCGGCCACUUCGACCCUGCAGAAGCCCUCAAGCCUUGGUUUGUCUCCAAGAGCCUCCUGUGGAGGAUUGCGUAUUGGCAACUUUGUGUCUUCUCGGAGAGGACCAAGUACUACUCCGUUUGGACUUUGACCGAGGGCGCUAGCAUUUUGACCGGUCUCGGUUUUACUGGCUUCGGACCCAACGGUGAAUCACUCUGGGGAGGCGCAUCGAAUGUCAACAUUUGGCUGGUGGAAUUCCCUUCCAACUUCAAGGUCCUCUUGGACUCAUGGAACACUAAUACCAACAUCUGGCUCAGAGAGUGCAUCUACAAGCGUGUGACACCCAAGGGCAAGAAGCCCGGAUUCAGAAGCAGCAUGUUCACGUUCGCCACGAGUGCUUUCUGGCAUGGCAUUGCCGCUGGCUACUACAUGACGUUCAUUUCCGGAGGCUUUGUCACCACCGCUGCCCGUCUGUGUCGUGCCAAUUUCCGGCCGCUCGUUCUCCCUCCUCCCGGCGCACCCAUGACAAUGACCAAGCGCAUCUACGACAUCAGCGCGACCUUUGUCACUGCCAUCAUCCUUAAUUUCAUCACCGCUCCAUUCUUGCUCCUGAAUGUCAAGGACUCGCUUGAGUUGUGGUCACGCGUUGGAUGGUACGGUAUCUGGAUCAUUGGCAGUACUCUCGUCUUCUUCUAUGCAGGAGGCGCGAAGCUGUGCAAGUCGAUGCGUCCAUCCGAAGUUCCUGUUCCCGAGAAGCUCCCAGGGAUGCCUGGCACUCCAGGUCCUCAUGUCGUGCCUCCUUUAGAGAUUGCCGCCGAGGAGAUGAAGAAGCAGAUAGAAGCUACAAAAAACUAGAAUCAAUAUAAACGGAUCUCCAUAUAUUGCUACGUCGUUCUUUACGAUAC